AUGGGGUAUGAAGGGAUAGAAGUGACGGUAUCAGAAAUGGGUUGGCUGUCAAAAGAUGAUUCGGAUGAAACCGGUGCAACUGCUGAGAAUUUAGCAAUAUAUAAUCAGAAUUUGUUUAGAUGGCAACUGGAAAAGGGGUAUCAUAAUAAUCCAACAUCACAUGGUUGCUCAGAACACCCUUCGGGUCCUCCUCGGCUUCUCCAUAAGACCUCCGAUUACGUUAUUAGACAUUGCCAGGAUGGUGAUGGUUUUCUGUUUGUUGAUGUCAAUGGAGAGAGUACUUUUGGUCAAAAGAUCGUUAAAGUUGCUAAAUUUCGAGUAUCUUCCAAAGAGCAUGGUGAUGUUGAAGGCUGUGGUGGCCGAGAUAAAGAUGAAGAAGUAGAGAAAUAUUAG